CCAAGAUCAUGUGCUUGACCUAACAUCCAACAACCUGCGUUACGUCCCGCAAGCCUUCAGAAGCCUGGCCAGCCUCACGAGACUGUCUCUGGAAAGAAACCACAUCGAAGCCAUAGGCCGAGAUUCUCUGAAGGAUCUGAAAGCCCUGUACGAGCUGAACCUCCGGAAGAAUCGGAUCUGGACGAUUCAGAACGAUGCCUUCGCAAUGCUAAACAGGCUGGGGGUGUUAGAUUUAGGACACAACCAUAUAGCUGAUUUGCCUAAUCAGCUUUUCAGUGGUCUGAUCCAGCUCAAGACCAUGCAUCUUGAAGCCAACAGAAUCACCAGAAUCAACUGCUCUUUCAACAGCCUGCUUAACCUGAGAAAGCUGUACCUGAACAACAACCACAUCUCAUCCAUUUCCCACGCUGCCUUCUCCAAUUUAAAGAAACUGCAAUUCCUUCACUUGAACAAAAACAAUUUAAGUUCCCUUCCCAAGCACUUGUUCGCAGAGCUGCCGAAACUGAAAUACGUGUUUCUAUCCCACAACCCCUGGGACUGCGACUGCAAAAUGCUUUGGUUCCCCACCUGGAUAGCAACAUACAAAGGGGCAGUUGAGGGGAUGCAAUGUGCCUUUCCAGUGCUUCACAACCAAACCCUGCUUGACGCCUUCACUCACGGCAAAUUAAUCAACUGCUCAAUACCACCUGGGCUGGCAAGUGCAGACAAGUGUGAAGAGAGCGAUGCCAACACUGCUGCCAUGCCACAUGCUAUUUCUGACAAAUUACUUUGGAUCACACUCGCGUGGUGUGCUUGGCAUUUGGCAGAGACACUGGACAAAUCAUUUUCUGGACUUGGAUCAGAUGUAUCAGCAUUUUUUCUGUAA